CCCUCGGCGCGGGCAGAGGCGUCUGCGGCGGCGGCGGGACGGGCUGCGCCGGUCGGUCGGUCGGUGCGGAGGAGCGGAUGGGGAAGGGCCGCUUCUGAGGAACCCGCUUCGCUCCGGCCUCUAACAAUGAGCAGCUCCCGGCCCGUCUGCAGGAAGAGGCAGCCCCUGGCCGGAGGAGAGGGAGCUUCUUCGUCGCCGUCGCCCUCCUCCUCCUCGCCGUCGGCCCUGCGCUCUGAGGCGGCCCCGCAGACGUAGCCGGCUCGCCGCCGCCCGCCCGGGGAGCCGCGCGCCAUGGAGGCGGUGGGGAAGUUCGAGUUCAGCAGGAAGGACCUGAUCGGGCACGGGGCCUUCGCCGUGGUCUUCAAAGGCAGGCACCGGGAGAAACCUGAGCUGGAAGUAGCUGUGAAAUGCAUUAACAAGAAGAACCUUGCAAAAUCUCAAACUCUGCUGGGCAAAGAAAUAAAAAUACUUAAGGAGUUGAAACACGAAAACAUCGUUGCCUUGUACGACUUCCAGGAACUGGCAAACUCUGUCUACUUGGUUAUGGAGUACUGUAAUGGUGGUGACCUGGCAGACUAUCUUCACACUAUGCGGACACUUAGUGAAGACACCAUCAGACUCUUUCUCCAGCAGAUAGCAGGUGCCAUGAAAAUGCUGCACAGCAAAGGCAUCAUCCAUCGGGAUCUGAAGCCACAGAAUAUUCUCCUUUCGUAUGCUGGAGGCAAGAAAUCAAAUCCCAACAACAUUCGCAUAAAGAUUGCUGACUUUGGGUUUGCUCGAUACCUGCAGAAUAACAUGAUGGCAGCAACAUUGUGUGGUUCACCUAUGUACAUGGCACCAGAAGUCAUCAUGUCUCAGCACUAUGAUGCCAAAGCUGACCUCUGGAGUAUAGGAACCAUAAUUUAUCAGUGUCUGACAGGAAAGGCUCCUUUUCAGGCCAGCAGCCCACAGGAUCUUCGUCUCUUCUAUGAGAAAAACAAGAUGCUGAUGCCGAACAUCCCCAGAGAGACAUCAAGCCACCUAAGGCAGCUGCUGCUGGGCCUUUUGCAGCGCAAUCAUAAGGAUCGCAUGGACUUUGAUGAAUUUUUCCAUCACCCAUUCUUGGAUGCAAGUGCCUCUAUGAAAAAAUCUGCUUCUGUGCCAAUGCCUUCUUACCCCAGUUCAGGCUCCGGUAGUUCUUCCAGCAGCUCUUCUACUUCCCACCUGGCAUCGCCUCCUCAGUCCCUUGGAGAGAUGCAGCAGCUGCAAGAGAAGGCUCUGACAUCUCCUACUCAAAAUUCUCCCGGCUUUUUGCAUGGAUCUAAGGACUCUGCUGGAAGCAGCAGUAAGAAUUCGUCCUGUGACACAGAUGACUUUGUUAUGGUCCCAGCACAGUUCUCAAGCGAUAUAACUGCUGAGGCUGCAGGAGGGAAACCAAUCCAAGACAGCCUGAUGUAUAGUGGGAGUUCUCUGGUGACUUCAGCAGGCUUGGAAAGCCAGGGAAGGACACCAUCUCCUUCACCCCCCUACAGCAGUUCUCCUAGCCCAUCCAGCCGGCCAGGUCAGUUUUCCAGCAGCAAGUACGGACACUCUGUGCCGAUUCCGGUUCCAACGCAAAUUCAUAACUAUAGGCGGAUUGAGCAAAACCUGCAGUCUCCCAAUCAAUGCGCCUCGCCGCGGUCUGGGACGGUCCGGAGAUCUAGCAGUACAAGCCCUCUUGGUUUUCCUAAAACUGGUGCUUCCCCUCCUUAUGCUGGAGAGCAUGGACCUGUGCCCAGCUCUAGGAAGCUCUCCUUUGGUGGUGCCAAGCCAUUUAUGCCAUCUCCACAAGUUGGAACGAUCCCUGAGCAGCCUAGACAGACUGUUAUCCCCCCUUCUGUUGGAGCAGAAAUGAGAAACCGGAUUCCAGUCACUGGUGCCUCAGCACCCGAACACUCUCCUCGAGGGAUGGGUUCCCGGCUCCACAGCGCACCCAACCUGUCAGAUCUGCAUUCCUGCAGGCAGAAGAUAACCAAGCAGCACUCUGAUCCUUUAGUUGCUCACUUUGGUCAUGCCCCAGUCAGCCAGCCACUGCAGAUGCAUGGCUUGCAGCACUGCCGGCAGCUGAGAUCCUCACCAAAGCUGUCUGAAUUCAUGCAGAGAAGCCCUCUACCAACUAUCAUGGGCUCCCCUACAAAGGCUGUGUCCCCUUUUGAGUUUCCCAAAACCCCAAGUUCUCAGAAUCUCCUCACACUCUUGGCCCAUCAGGGGGUCAUGAUGACUCCAACACGGAACAAGACUCUGCCAGAUCUGAAGGAGAUGGGUCAUUUCCACUGCCAGCAGACUGGCUUGGGAUUGAGGCCUGUGGAAGAGAUCAAGGGCAGAUCACUGAGCACAGGCAGGCUCACUGACCUGCUUCUCAAGGCUGCCUUCGGGGCACAGAUCUCAGAAGCUGGCAGCAACGACAGCCUGAACAACGAGAAGCCAAUGGAAAUCACAGCUCCCUCAGGUGCUUACGGAGGGACCCUGCACGCUGGUGCCCGGGCUGGGGGCUCUGCCAGCCCAUCCCCAGUGGUUUUUACUGUCGGAUCCCCUCCCAGUGGAACAACCCCUCCACAGGCCACGAGGACCAGGAUGUUUUCAGUGGGAUCUUCCAGCUCUCUCAGUUCUGGAGGCUCAUUCACUGGCAGACACUUGGCAAUGGGAACUGGUGGGGAUGCUGUGGAAGGCCCUUCAAGUCUCCGGUACGCUUUUGCUGAUCCAAUCACAGCUAACUUGGAAGGUGCUGUUACAUUUGAAGCACCAGAGCUACCUGAAGAGACGCUGAUGGAGCAAGAGCACACAGACAUCCUGCGCAGCCUCCGCUUCACGCUGGCCUUCGUCCAUUAUGUGAUGGAAAUUGCUGCCCUUAAAGGCAGCGCCAGUGAGAUGAGCAGUUCAGUGGCAUCUGAGUACCAGCUCCAGGAGAGUGUGGUGGCUGACCAGAUCAGCCUCCUGAGCCGGGAGUGGAGUUACGCAGAGCAGCUAGUGCUGUACCUGAAAGUAGCAGAGCUUCUGUCCUCUGGCCUGCAGACAGCCAUAGAGCAGAUCAAAGCUGGCAAGUUGUGCCUCUCCUCCACUGUCAAGCAAGUUGUGAAGAAGCUGAAUGAGCUUUAUAAAUCCAGUGUGUCAUCCUGCCACUGCCUCAACAUGAGACUCCAGAGGUUCUUCUUGGACAAACAGAAACUCAUGGAUCGGAUCAACAGCAUCACCGCAGAGAAGCUCAUCUUCAGCUAUGCUGUGCAAAUGGUGCAAUCUGCAGCCCUGGAUGAGAUGUUUCACCACAGAGAGGACUGCGCACAGAGGUACCACAAGGCUCUGCUGCUGAUGGAGGGGCUUUUGAGCAUCAUCACUGAACAGGGAGACAUAGAAAACAUCAAUAAAUGCAAACUGUGCAUCGAGCGCAGGUUGUCAGCUCUGCUGUCAGGGUUCUGCGCCUGAUUUUAUGUUUCAUCCCCUCCACGCACCUCGCCCCAGCUGAUCACUUUCUAUUUCCAACGGCCUGCUGCUGUGGCAGAAAAUGAUCCUGGCAGCAGGAGACUUGGAGAAUAAACUCCUCAAUGGUUUGUAUUCUGAGGCUUUGGGAAGUUGUUCCACAGACUUGGAUUCUCUUGUGGGGAUGUGUGACUGCAGCAAGCACAAAACUCCCCUGCCCAAAAGCCUGGGUGAAGACAUAGCCGAUGUGGAAAGGUUUCCCUCAUUGGCAGAGGGGACAAAGGAUAUAAUUCCACUUCUUCCCAGCACUUUGAAGGAAAAGACUGCUUAUCCCUCUUGUUUAAGAACAGGGUAUUCCAGUGCUGUUUCCAUUGCGGGCAAUGGAUGUGCUGAAACUGCUGGCUUCAGUUAAUGUUGGAGGGUGUCAUUCAGAAAUCAAGGCCAGUUUAUGUACUUUUCCCGAUCCCAGCUGAUAGCCAGGCAUCUUAAAGCUUCCUGGCAGCCCAAGGCCCCCCUCCCUUUUCUCUCUUGUUCUUUCUCAUGCGUGUUUUUGCCUUGGAGCGCUUAUUGUGUGGCAGAGAGCAGGGAGUCAGCUCUGUUUAUUGCUGAAGUAGCUCCCACCUUCUGCAGACUUCCUGAGCAAGGCUGGAAACGUGUUGCUGCUGGGGAAGUUCGCAUCUCCCACAGCUGUCACGUGGAUUGCCUCUCUGCCUGGAUGGACGAACGAUGCAGGGAAAGAGACUCAGCACCGAGAACAAGAAGCCAACGCACCACGUAAUGUUCCUGUGUUCAUAAGAAGCCAAAAUGAAUCCGUUCCUGCCUUGGUUCCCAGGCUUAGCGGGGCCAAGGUUAAAGACUCUUUGACUGUUCAGCUCAGCCUCUCAGUACAUAUCUGUCACGAGGAAGCACUAGCGCUGUCCUGCUUUCAGCUGUUGGUUAGAUAGCCCCUUCCCUGUACCCGCCACCCUCCCCGGAACUGAAAACACUAGCUUUGUGAAUCAAAGGAGCACUUUACACACUAUGGGAACUUUGAGAAGCUGAUUUUGCAUUACACGACAACCCAGGAACAUCACGACUGUUAGGAAUGCUAUUCUUUUUAUUCCUUUCCUUGUUUCCUGGUUGUUUGAUUGCACUACGUGUGUGCAUAUAUUGAUAUGUAUUCCUAAGGGUGAAUAUGUAUUGAUAUAUAGGGUUUGUGUGUAACUGUAUGUAUUUAACUGUACUGUAUCUCGUGAGUGUGAGGCAAAAAGCACAGCAGUGUCUGUGCUAUUCCUCCUCCACACCAGGCAAAGCUGACUUGCAGUCUGGCAGUACCAAGAUAUUGUUUUGUUUUGUUUUUUAUUUAAGUGUCCUUUUAAGGACAGUCAAUAUAAAGCUCCGUGCUUUUUAAGAGCUCAAGAACAGGCGUUAAGAUCCUACACGCUUACAGUUGGAAACGCAUUUUUUAAAAAAGUUUUAUUUGCUGCUUAAUUUUAUAAAGAAAUCUUGUAGUAUUCAGUUUUAUGUUCAGCAUUUCUUCUAAAGAGACUCUGUAGCCAAAUGAGACUGCGGGUGUGAGUGGCUGGAGUGCUGGUUGAGGCUUUGGAUGCUGUGAGCAUGUGCGUGAGAGGAGAACUGGCUGCCUUUCCAUUUGUCUGCGUGCGCAUGCGUGUGUCUCAACUUACCAGAGUCAUGGCAGUAUUUUGUUAGCGCUGGGCAGAAAAGUAUCUUUGAAAGCAACUCGAAACCUCAGGCUUUGUUUUUGGGGAUCUAAUAAUAUUUUGCACAUGGUGGUUAAGUCCUCGUUGCUUUUUUCUCUCAGUUUUUGCACGUUCAGUGUGAUGCUUUAUGAGGGUUUCAGGAGCAACUUAAUUGACUUUUGAGCUAGCAUCAUCUUUAGCAACAUGGAUGUUUCUGAUUGCAGAGCGGAAAUGCUAAUAAAUUUAAAAAAAUACUUUCAAUUGCCCCCACCAGGGAAGUUUAAGUGUAGCUUACACAAACGCUUCAGUGUCAGGCUUCCGUCACAUUAUAUGUUCACAGCCUGCUACUUUUGUGGCUGUUUGUGCUUGUGCCUAAAAAGGCAAAUAAAAACCAAAAAAAAAAAAAAAAAAAAAAAACCCAGCCUGUGGCCAGAAAUGCCGAAGAGACCCAGACUGCUUCCAAAAGGAUGUUACCAGUUCUGCAAGGGUUGUCCUGCAGGUACACCAGGAUGCAGCGCGAGAGCACUGAGCCAGGACUGCCUCCGCAAUACAGACACCUGCUACUCACCCUGAACCCUCACGGCCGUCCGCGAGCGUACGCUGAUAGCUCCCAGCCGGGGAGAAGCAUGGCCUAGGAUUCGUGUCUAUGCCGCAGGCUUAGUGAUCCAUGUAUGUGGCAAGCUCAGCACUAACCUUCCAGCUGUACUUAAUUACUUGAAUGUAUCAAAAUUGUCCACAUUCAAUGUAUACAGAUAUAUAUUGCUCCAAAAAAUUGUGGUUUACAGACCUACAACCAAUAUAUAUAUGUAUGUGUUUGUGUAUAUACAUACAAUUAUACGUGUGUGUAUGUGUGUGUGUAUAUAUAUAUACGCACACAAACACAUACAUGUGUAUAUAUAUGUUUUCUCUCAAUACUUGAAACUUAGCCACUGUGCUUGAAUUAAAAAAAAAAAAGAAAAAACACAAAAAGAAAAAAAAAAUCAGACAGGUGAUUUAUUUUGCCAUCACUUUGGUGACUUUAUUUUUUAUCUAACUGCAUGUAGUGUGAAACCAACUUUUUGUGAAAAAUAUUUAUUGCUUUGUAGACCACAAGGAAUGCAAAAAAAAAAAAAAAAAAGAAAAAAGAAAAGAAAGAGAGAGAGAGAGAGAGAGAGAGAGAGAAACAUUGUUAAAGUUGCUAGUGUAGUCCACUUGCUGUUGUCAUGGCUUUGUUACUGUUGCAGCGUUUGUGUGUAGCAUCUUUAAUAGAUUUCAAGAAACCUCAGUCUGAUAACACGUAUCUUCAGGUUUGUGAGAGCGUAUGAUAUUGUUCUUUAUAAGGUAAUGCUUGAUACUUUGUUGACAUUUUUUUAUUUGUGUUUUGUGUGACUUUUUUUGGCUUUAAAUUGUAUAACACCAAUUUAAGAAAAUAAAAUUGAUUUGAAAUUGUUA